AUGUCGACCGAAUCGGACGCUGAGAAGCAACAGCCAGACAUCCCAACCCCUUGGGAACGAGAUCAUGAGAAUCCUCAGAAUUGGAACACAUGGAGGAAAGCACUAAACUUGGGGAUCGUGUCUAUCCUGGGUUCUAUCACUCCCUUGGAAUCGUCCGUCAUCGUCCCAGGCGUUCCUCUUCUGAAAAAAGACUUCCACGAAACUCGACCACCUGUGACAUCUCUCGUCGUUUCAAUCUUUGUUCUUGGUUUUGCUUUCGGCCCUGUGCUUCUGUCACCGCUGUCAGAGAUUUAUGGUCGUCGCCUACUGCUCAAUAUAUGUAAUGUUGUCACGCUUGGCUUUUCGAUUGGUAGUGCUCUUGCACCAAAUAUCGCCACGUUUAUUGUCUUUCGGUUCAUUUCUGGGAGUUUUGGUGCUGGGCCGAUGAAUAUUGGUGGUGGCAGUAUUGCAGAUCAGGUCGAGCUUCCGAAAAGAGGUUUUGUGAUGUCGAUAUUCUUCACUGGUUACUUCUUGGGCCCUGUGAUUGGACCUGUAAUAGGUGGCUUCGUUGCGAAGGACCUUGGAUGGAGAUGGGUGUUCUGGAUCAUGGCCAUCUUUAAAGGAGUCCUCACGAUCGUGACCUUCUUCUUCCUCACCGAAUCCCACCACCCUAAGAUCCAGCGAAAACGAUCCAAGGACACAGACAUGAUCCUCAAUAAAGAAGCACCGAAAGUCAGCCAAGUACUAUUCCGAGCUCUUAUGAGACCGAUGCGAAUGUUGAUCCGCAGCCCUAUCGUCACUGGCCUCUCCCUAUAUCUCGCAUUGAUAUAUGGCUACCUAUAUCUUUUCUUUACCACUUUUUCCACCGUGUUCACAGACCAGUACGGGUUUGACAUUGAUAUACUUGGACUCGCUUUCCUUGGGGUAGGAAUCGGCUGUAUUGUUGCAUUGGUGGUUCUCUCCUGGCUGAGUGACUGGCUUCAAGACCGCCUUACCAAGAAAUACGGAGAGUCUAAGCCUGAAUAUCGAUUACUUCCAAUUAUCCUUGGAAUACCACUUCUUCCCAUCGGGCUUUUCGUAUACGGCUGGACGGCAGAGUAUGAGGUUCACUGGAUAGUUCCAAUCAUCUUCACGGGAUUCUCAGGGGCCGGACCGAUAUUCUCAUUUCUCCCCACUCAGAUUUACAUGAUCGAUGCUUUCACAACCUAUGCGGCAAGCGCUCUGGCUGCUACAAGUGUCAUACGUAGUAUGGUAGGUGGGUGUCUUCCAAUCGCUGGACUACCGCUGUACUCUGCUCUUGGUUAUGGAUGGGGGAACUCACUUCUUGGAUUCAUUGCCAUUAUAGUGUCUAUCGCACCUCUUCUGUUCUGGCGCUACGGCGAGACUCUGCGCAAGAAGUACGAUAUGCGAUUUGACUAG